UAAAGACAUCUAGGAGUUGUGGCAACACCUCAUAACUCGGUUAAUAAGAGAAAGGCCGCGUGAUGUCGAUGAUAAUAGCGUAAGACUGUUUGACUUGUAUUGUGAGGUGCUGCACAUUAAAAUGGACAAACCCGGUUUAAACAGAUUGAUCAUGAUUAACACCAAAAUAAAUUCCGUUAAAAAGGUAAGAGUUGUAAAUCUGUUAUACGUUGUUUUAGAGUACACGCUGUGAAAGUAAGAAACCGAUUAGCGCCGUUGUUUAAUAUCUAUCAUUAAAGUUUUCAGUGAUAUGUACGUAUCUUAUAACCGGGUCUUGUACAACAUUGAUUUACGAUCUCUCUAUAAAGUGUAUCCUAUAUCUGAAAUAUCAUUGACAUACACAGAACAAAAUUCUAAGAACACACAUGAAUUAUUCCACUAUUUAUAGAAUUACACGUCUAUUAAUUAUUGCAUUAUUUAUAGAUUUUAGCAUUAUCUGAUCUGUUUGUGGAGUAAUAAUUCAACUUUCAUGGAGAUAGUCAUGAAGUGUUUGUUCAUCACUCACCCAAUUUCGAUUUCGGAACAGAUGAUACAAAUCGAUUAUUUGUUUUUAAUAUUUAAGAAUUAGUUUACAUCACUUGAUAUUUUUUGCAAGUCAACACAAAUUGCAUGUUGUCGUUUAAAAAUAUUUCUAACGCAUGACAUUUGGCCCCCCAGAGUAUACUGCAUCAAACAGAAGUGUUUAUAAAUCGGGGACUUACGCACUGCGCAGGGUAACUGUAGUCUAAUAUAUGAAGCGGAAUCAUUUUCUCACGUGUUUACUUUACGAAGCACAGUGAUCGGACAUUUUCUAGAUGCUAGGGAAAAUAUGAUAAGGAGUUUUGCGGGAGUUUGAAUGAUCAAGAACGGAAGAUAUAUUGAUAGGGAAAGGUUCUGCAUGUUUCAUCAAACAUGACGAGAAGAUCUGUGUGAAAGUUAAAGCACGUGUGACUGUUUACAAAUGUCUUAAAGUUAUUGACAUGAGUUUCGCCUUCCCUCCAACGUAUUCUGUUGACGGGUAAUUAAUCACCAGACCCGUGAGGGAAAGUAGUAGUUCAUAUUGAAAUUAGGAUUAUCCUCCUAAUUUCUACAUUGUCUAUUAUCUACCGAUAAAGUUUUAUGAAUAUCAAUUGAUAUAGAGUUUCGACCUUCUGUUGACUUUUACUCUCAGUACCGGUGUCCACCUUUAUCACACAACGGAUUCAAUUUUGAAAUAACCAGGUAAGCACUUCAGAUUGAUUUAGCCAAUGUUUAACGAAAGACAAAUUUUGACUACAUAAUUUUAUUUUAAAAUGCAUAUUCAUCUACUUUACAUUUUCAAAGGCUUUUAUUGUGAUGGUAACGGAUUUCAGAGCUUUUGUGUAGUUUUAUCAAUUAGCUGGCGCGUUUAAUUGCUGUAAUUCCACCUGCCAACAGAACUGCAUCUCGAUGUUGGAAAGGGUUUCAUAAGUGCUUAAUGGGAGAUUUUUUUAAUUCCAUCUGUGCUCUCUCCUACUAAAUGAAGUUUUAAAAAAUCCAUGUGACCUGAAUUCAAAAUAUAAAAUUCAACUCUUGAAUAGAUGUAAAUUAAAAUAGAAUAGAAUUUAUGUAACAAUUGGGAGUCGGGGAUUAAAACCAACAAUAUGUAUUACGUACUAUGCUUAUCUAACUCCGCUUCUCAUUAAAUUUACUUAUACGUCAAGGAUGAGAAGAUGUUUUAAGAAUUUGUGUUACUUUAUAGCCUACAUUUUUCGUGUUCUUACUUCAUCUGAUGUCUCGCAUCUAAAACCCGUUCAAUUCCUUGCUUAUAUUUCUUCAAUUUUAUCAUUGGCAUCCAGUACUAUUCAAAACGUUAACUCUUUUCAUAGUGCAAAUGCUAUUUAAUCUGCACAGGUUUCCAAAACUACCUGUAGCAAAAAUGAAAGAAUUACUCUGUAUUGUGGAAAACAAGAUACAAAGUCGCUUCAGGUUAAGUGAAGAUUAGAACAUGUCCAGACACACUAUUAAACUCUGUUAAUUAUUCAGACAAUCGGACGAGACGUCACUUCCGUUGCUUCUUGUGGCAUUCUGGACAAUAUCUGUUUGAAGGUGGUGCGAUCAGCUAAGUUCCCUCAUACUCUUUGGUGAAAUGUUGUAGUAGUUCAAAAUGAUUAUUGCAUCAAUCGGAUACGCUUGCCUGAAUUCGGUCAUUUUGAUUGCGCGGUGUCAACACUUGUGUCCUUAGCGUCAUUCUAAUGACAGGGACGAAUAAAGGGGUUGUGACGUUUCUUACUAAUCGCUAAAUAUCUUCUUAUACACAAAGGAGAGAUUCGAUGGUAAGGUGUACAUCAUGUAAAUAGAAUUAAAAAUACAUUUGAGAACGUAGUUCCAUAUAAAAAUUUCGUCUUUCUCUUGACAUCAUCUAUGUUCCCCUGAAGUGCCUUCCGUGGGAAUGGCGGAAACAGCGGAAGUUUACUAACUCGCUUUCCAGAUUUCCGUUUUUCUUACUAUGUACAUGUAAUCUAUUAGAGCAGGUCUGUGUUGCUGAAUGCCAGGUGGUGAGUGGUGUUGUUGAUAUCAAAAAGCAGAAGUGUGCAGUCGUCUUGUUACAAGGAGACAUUCACAAUCAAUGAUCCAUCUGAGUUACAUUGGAGGGGGGGGGGGGGGCUUAUUUCUAGGAUUAAUUGUUGAUCAAAUGAAAAGUGAUUGUGCAGUCUGGUUGUGGUUAUGUUCCGGGUUGACGUCUCCUGAUUUCGUUGAGGCUCUGUUCCUUCUUGGAAUUGGGUGAAACCCCUGUUCUUCAUUGAUGCGUGAUUUUCCGUUGCUUUGAUGUCGAAUUAAUGCCGGGAGUCGUUUAGUUGUUGAUGUGUUUUUCUGAUUUUAACCAAACUUGCCACAAUUUAUCCUUGGGAAAAGAGGAUUCAAGUUUAUUCAUAUGAAGGGCAACGCCCGUACUCUUACAAAAGAUGGGUUUGAAUUUAUUCAAAACACCACCCACCUGACCAGGACAGGGCUACAGGGAUCCAACGCUACCUGUGUUUCCCAACUAUGACUUUUUUCAUUUAGUCCUGGAAAACUUAAAUUUUAUCUUGUAUUCAAAAUCCACAUGUCUUAGGUGGAAAUUUUGUAAAAGCAUGAAGUAGUCUGUCAAUACUGCAAAAAUUUAGGAUAUCUUGUAGACUACAGCAAGGCAAUCUGAUUAAAAAUUAUGUCUAGCAGUACACACAUUUCGAGUCUUUUCGGCUAAUGAUGUUUCUAAGAAAAUGAAUAACGUCGAUAAAAAGGAAGAAAUUAAAGGGUUUACUUUUGUUUGUAUAAUUAGUCGUAAAGUUCUUACUGUUAAGGUUUGAUGUGCAUCUGGGUCUGUACUAUUUUUGAUCAUGCAUGAAACGGAAUCAGUGGUGACCCACAUGUGACCUCAAGUGAUGUAAACACCUGCCGGUCGGUUUUACUGGUGAAGACCUAUGCAUGUUGUAAUAACGGUCACUGGGAAAUAUUUUAAUCAGUGUUUACGCUUGGGACUUCUACCUCAUGUAAUUGAUUAGAAUGUCUGACAAUGGGCUUCAUCGCUCAAAACUGUUGUAAAAUCAAUAUAUGUCGUGGGGUAUUUCGUGAGUACCCAUAAUGUAACUUUUUUUGGUAACGUGUUUCAUGAUUAAUUUUAUGAUAUACACAAAGAUGAAUAUUUGGGAGGUAAUGCUGUGCGUUAAAAUAUGCUUUUCUCAUACCUAUUUUGACUAUACAAAUUAAAUACAUGGGUCCCCAUGAAAUCUUACUGUAUUGUAAGUGUAAUAUCCAUCCCGUUUUUUAAACAUUUAAACGAAAAUGUUAUAGCUUAAUGUCUUUUUACUUCUAUUUUUACAGAAAAAGUUUUCGCGUAAAAGAAAUGAUACAUAUCAUGCAGUUUGAAUCUUUUACUUAACAUAUAACCGAUUGAUUAUCCGCCAUUGCUACUAUAUGCUGUUGGUUUCUAUGGCGCCUGCUAUGACAUUUGUGUGCUGAUAGGCGAUUUGAUGCUACAAUAUACUCUGAGUUUCUAUGGUGCCUGCUAUGAGAUUUGUACGCUUUGAUAGGCGAUUUGAUGCUACAAUAUGCUAUGAGAUUUAUUCGAUAUGAUAGACGAUGCGUAUGCUAUGAGUUGUACAUGCUAGGAUACGUAUGCUACAAUAUGCUAUGAUUUUAAGCAUGCUAUCAGACUAGUACCUGUUCGCUAUGAUACGUGAUGCGUAUGCUACAAUAUGCUAUAUGAGUUUGUGCAUGCUAUCAGACUUGUACGCUAUGAUAAGUGAUGCGUAUGCUACAAUAUGCUAUGGGUUGUGCAUGCUAUCAGACUUAUAUGUAGACAUAUAUAGUUUGUAUAUUUACAAAUGAUUUGUAUGAUUUCCCCUUUUGUAUCUUCGUUUGUGAACACAUAACUUCCACUUACAACUGUGACUUAUUUUCAGUUUCAAUGCCUUACAUUAUCUAAAAUUGUGUGGUUUUUUAUUUAGGAACCCUAAUGACUUGCUCUGUUUUCGCGCUCCACACACUGUGAAACGCAUUCCAAGAGUCGAGGGCGUGGACUGCGAAGUGUCACGUCGGUAUACUUGAUAAUCUUUUACCGGUAUAUUGCGCCGAGCAGAGACUUAAAUUUUGCAGCCCUUCACCUGCAAUGGUGACGUCUCCAUAUAUGUGAAAGAUUAUCGAAAGGGACGUAAACAAUAUACGAUCAAUCUAUAUGUAUUAAUGCGCGCAUUGUUUGCAUUCAUGAGGAAAUGGAUAUUUUAACGAAUUAUAGAAAAACAUUGGAAAUGAAAAUAUAUAGAAUCAUCAGUUACAAAAUUAAAGUGUUUGUACACAAGUUAUGAAUUUUUUCCGCAUUCAAGAUGAAUUUGAUGAAGAAUGCUUCAGACUGUCGCUGUAAACAUUCUACACCAAUAUAAAUGAACAUGUUUACUCAGAAGGGAAAAGAACAUACUAAAAUGAAUGUCCGAGUAAAACGCCAUGGUAUCUCGGAGCAAAAACAAAAAAAACCCUUCAGUUGCUAUUUGAACUGUAGUUUGUUAAUUAUCAUACGUAUGUCCUUUCUAUGUAUUUCAUCAUUCCUAAGGGUUGUUUUAUAUGUUAUUAGGAUAAUUAUAUCAUUACAUUAGCCGCUACAUAUUAAUAAUAAUAAUUAUGCAUUUUAAUUCUGACUCUAUGAAUAUUUUAUUCACAUGUAUGUGCUUAUCGAUUUAUAUUAUCUUUUCUCUCACAUUUGUAAAAUGCUUUAGAGAACUAAUGGUGAUAGGGCGCUAUAUAAAUAUUUUAAUUACAAUUACGGACCAGAGUAACAGCAGUUAUAUAUAAGAUACACUGGAACAAGCCAUCUUCAUCUAAAAUGAGAAGGAUCGGCAAUGUGGGGUAUAAAUUUAGCUUCCUCCUACUAUUUUACCCCCAAAUAUGGGUAUUUUACCCUGUUCGGGAUUUAUAACCCCAAUCUGAUUUAAUUUUCUUCUCGUUUCGGAACUAUCCUAAAGAGUCGUUCAUCAACCUCUCGACGAAAUUCACUGCAGACGACAUACAUAAGCAGUGCUGAACUGUGUGAAAUAUAAUAAUUCCGUAGGAAUAAAACCAAAUGAUUAAAUAUUUCGCUGAUCAAUUCUGUCUGUCCUUCUGUAGGUGUGUUUGUUGAUAACCAUUUUAAUUUUUCCAGAACCACUCGGCCAAUUUCAAUCAAUUGGUCGUGGUACAUGUAGCUCAGUGGUAGAGUGUUCGCAUCGUAAUCGGUUGUGCCAUGACCACGUCAAACCGAGGACCUAAAUAUAAGCAAAGAGUGCUUCUUUGCCAAACACUCGCCGCAUGUAGUCACGAUCUUUCAGAUAUGACCUUAACAAUGGAGGUCCCGUGGACCUCCACUGCUACGGUCCUGAGUUCUUAGUAUAGGUCCGAAUUUGCGGUACGACAUCUACAGCUGGUGACGUUUCAAUGUGAAGGAAAAAUUCUCGACGGGACGUAAAACAAAUCAAAUUGCCAACUGUGGAUUGUCUUGUUUAAAUGACUGCAUUUUUGUUUUUAAUUUCAAUAUUGAGAUACCCUGGAUCAUCCACUGUAAUUGGUUUUAUGUAAUAAAAAGGGAGGAAAUGUUCAAAGAUUUAUAACGUUAUCACCGGUACCCCUUGCUUGUCGUAAGAGGCGACUAAAUGGAGCGGUCCUUCGGAUGAGACCGCAAAAACCGAGGUCCAGUGUCACAGCAGGUGUGACAAGAUAAAGAUCCCUCCCUGCUCAAAGGUCGUAAGUGCCGCGUAUAGGCCUAAAUUUUGCAGCCCUUCAUCGGCAAUGAUGACGUCUCCAUAUGAGUGAAAGAUUUUCGAGAGGGACGUUAAACACAAUACAUGUAUUUAAUCAAUCAAUCAUAUAACGUUGUAUACGACAUUUCACUGCGUACAUGUACAUGUGCAUAUGCCUUUUGUCUACAUUCGUUUUUCUGAUCAGGCCAUUCGCUGUCUUGUUUAAAUCCUGAUCAGAAAACCAUACCCUUUGUCACAGUAUCUGGACUUUAUACCAUAAUUUACUGAAAAUGUCUUUUUCGAAAUGUUACUCUAUCCCUUGGGGGUUCGGGUUAGAAUAGGUCCUCAGUACCCCUUGCUUGUCGUAGGGGGUGACUAAAUGGGGUGGUCCUUCGGAUGAGAGCGCACAAAACCGAGGCCCCGUGUCACAGCAAGUGUGACACAUUAAAUAUCCCUUCCUGCUCAAAGGCAAUUUAUAAGCGCCGAGAAUAAGCCUUUAUGCAGUUCUUCACCGGCAUUGGUGACGUUUCCAUAUGAGUGAGAAAUUUUCUCGACAGGGGAUGCUUACUCCUCCUAGGCACCUGAUCCCACCUCUGGUGUAUCCAGGGGUCCGUGUUUGCCCAACUAUCUAUUUUGUAUUGCUUGUAGGAGUUAUGAGAUUGAUCACUGUUCGUUAUCUUCACCUUACGUUAUCAAUCAAUCGAAGUGUUACUCAGGAGAAGGUACAGACAUGAACCAAAACUGUCCGGGCUAACAAGGUUUCGGGAAAACAGAAUGAUCAAAACGAAGGAAUUUUGAAUCCUUCUUUCAUUUAAAUUGAUCACCAUUUAAUUGCAAAAUGGUUUGAUACAACUGUUGAAUUAAUUAGUAAAGCAUGAAGCACCGAAGUUCACACGACAAGACAUUUAAAGCGAUUUGGUGUAGGUUAAUAUUUUUACAAUUUUCACGUUUUAAAAGUAUUGUGACGUGCAAAACAUUGUCACGUGGCUUACAUACAGAAAGAACAACGUCAGAAUAGAAAUAGAAACUAGCUUAUAAUGCACGAAGCAAUUUAAUGAUCAGUUUUUGAUUUUCUAUGGUUUCAAUAUUAUAUAUUGGUACAUGGUAAUAAUAUUUUUCGGUUCGUUUACGAUAAGACUCUCCUGAUAUUUACAUUUAAUUUGUUAAUGGUACUUUAAAAGCUACCACCGUGCUACUGGGCAUGCGUGUUCUGUAUCAGUAUUUGAAAUCUUGACGUGACAUCAUUAACAUUCAUUAAGUGUGUUGUUUGUUUUUAAUUAAAUUACAAAAAAAAAAUCGUCCCCACCUUUGAUUUCUGAUACCUUAAUAAAUAUAUUUACCAUCAACGAGAAACAUAUUGCCUGCAUUGGCGUUGACGAUUCGACAUCAUUAUAUAGAACCUAUAGAUGGAAUCUACAAGUAAUGUAUCUGAUACGUAAGUUGUCUAAUGAUAAUCAUAGAUUGGAUUUCAUUAUGCAUAGGACUAUAACUUCAUUACGGAGAUUAUUGAGUUAAAUGAACUGAAUGCAUCACUGUAAAUCAUUGAUCCGUGGCUUAUGGUGAUGUUUAUUCAUCGUCUAUAAAAAAAAUCAGUACAAACUGUGACUAGUAUGAGAGUGGGCAUUUCAUUUAUCACAGAGGAGAACCAGUAACGUCAUCGUAAUUUCGUUAAUCGGUUUUCUUACGAAAGUUUCUGACCGUCUGAUAAACGGUACCUAAUCAGAUAAAGGUAUCGAACUGCCUUUGAAGUUUGAUUGUCGAACAAAUUUAAAUUUGGGCAGAAUGCAGACAUCGGUACAACAUUGAUCUAUGAGCUCUCUCCAGAACAUUGAGACAUCUAGCCGCAGAGCCUGUGUGUGCUGAUUAAUUUGUUAUUGAGAGGAAUAUCUGUUUUGCAUCAUGAUGCAGUUCGCCUACGGCUUACGGUUUUCCUUUUAAAUGUAUUUUGACUCGUCAAUACUUCGGUGCAACAUGUUGCAAGUCGGACAGCAAAUUUGAUGAGCAUAUGCCGUUUAGACGGGAUGUGUCAUUAUUUUACUAAAUCAAAAUAUUCCAAAAUGUGUAUUUCUAUAUGUCAUGAUCAAAGCAUUGAAACGCUACAUUGGUAAAAUUUCCAUUUUCUUGUUAUAACCCUCCGGUAAGAGGAGUAAUAAAUAGACGAGUGGGGGAGAGAAAUUUCAUUCAUCUUUUGCCUCUUGUUCCUCGAUCUCUGUAAUUUGUCCAAGCAAGCGUUUUAUUGCACUUCCGAAGUACUCGGUUUUUAUUUUCCUAAAUGUCGGUCGUGGUUUACGCAAUUCAAUACAAUCCAUUGCGAAUCAUUUAUUGAGAAAAAAGGUCCCUUUUAUUUCAUAUGAAAAUAGUGAAGAUAACGAACAGCGAUCACCCUCAGAAAUCCUAAAAAGAAGACAAAAUUGAGUGUGUAUUUUAUUGAAUUACCCUUCUUAUCAAUCAUUGUAUAUCUUUUUAUUCAAACUAUGAGUAAUUAUGAUUUUAUUUCAAUCAUUAUGAUCCUGUGUCCAUUAAAUAAAAAGAGGCUAUUGUUUACUAUCACAACAGGAAAACGUCAUUGUUUAGCGUGCACUAAAUUCUAUUAAUCUUGUCUUAAUCAGACAGGAAUUUCGUCUUGUUUGACUUGUUCUGACGUGAAUAGAUCAUCAUCAAUCAUGAUUACAAAAGUAAUACUCGGAGGAUGGAUACAAUUUCAUCCCGAGAACUUCAUCUCUUUGACUUUGUUUACACAAUAAACUGUAAAUCAAUGUGCUCUACUUAAAUGGGAUGUAUCAGUUAUAAUACGCUGGACAAAAUAUCGCAACGGGAAUUUCAUAUUAAAUUUGACAAGCCCUGAAUUUCAGCAGUCUCUACAACACACCGUUUAGACUCUGACGUAACUCUCGGAACGGAAUCAACAUAUCGAAAAUGUCGAUAAAUCCAUAUGUAUAAUUUCAGGCCUCAUAGAAGAUGAUGUUACCCUGAAAAACGGAGAAUAUGGAUGUCACAAGUUACCAAGUCACGCAAUCGACGGGUCUGUACUCGCGCUUUCUUAACAACGACAGUGUGACGCAAAACUUGUCUUCAACAAUGGCGGACGAUCGUACUCGAAUGGACAGUCCAUGUGAUUUCAGCAACAAAACUGGUUGUACUGAAGAAGGACUGGGAAUCAGAUUAUCUACUCCAAUAAUAAUGUUUACCACCGGAAUCUUGGGAAAUAUUCUGGCGCUUUUGGUAUUGUAUACGUCACGCAAAGAGGCCAAACGAACAGUGUUCUACACCUUACUCGCCGGUUUGGCUUGGACGGAUUUGAUUGGUCAGCUAAUGACAUCACCAAUUGCUAUUAUGGUGUAUGCCAACAAUCGGAAAUGGGUUGGAGGAAAACCCCUUUGUCGUUACCAUGCUUUUGCAAUGAUCCUUUUUGGUGGGUUAACUCCCCUUCUCGUGUGUGCUAUGUCUAUAGAACGCUUACUAGCCUUGAGAUUUACAUAUUUCCACGCAAGAGUUGUCACCAAGAAGAAAGCCUUCAUAGCUAUAGCAGGCUGUUGGAUUAUUGUGAUGUUCUUUUGUUCAUGGCCUUUCAUGGGAUUAGGUAGCUAUGAACUUCAAUAUCCAAAGUCAUGGUGUUUUUUGAACUUUCACAAAGAAAGUGUUAGUGACGUAAUAUAUGCCUCAAUAUUCGCCUCUACCAACGUUCUAAUAAUCCUGUUGAACCUCGGAUGUAACAUUGCCGUCGUUGUUACUCUAUUACAAAUGAGGAGAAAACGAAUGGCGAAUAGUUCUCCAUAUUGUCACAGACGACAUGGGACAAACCAAAGUAAAUCCAAGUCUAUCAAAAGAGAAGCCGAAACGCAAAUGGUGAUUUUUCUCUGUGCUAUCACUGCUGUCUUUACAACCUGUUGGCUGCCCAUCAAUAUAAACAUCAUUAUAAAUCAGAUAACAGGUGUUGAAAAUCCGACGGCAGAUCUUCUGGGUGUUCGAUUUGCCGGAAUAAACCAAAUCCUUGACCCUUGGUUGUACGUUCUAUUGCGGAAAGCACUGAUCAUAAAAAUCGUGAAGUACCUUCAUCAUAAGAUUUGUACACGUUCUAAGAUUGACGGUGCUGGCAGACGAACGUUACAUUCAUAUGAAAAUGUUCCAGUUGACAGGGAGCAAAUCUCACUCGGUCCUCUUGAAGAUCUUCAAAUCAGAGUUUUGUGCGUCACUACCGACAAUCGUUCAUGUGACCAUGAUCGUGAAAAUGAAAGUAGUGACGAUAGUAUGUCAAGUCUAUCCAAUCUUAUAUCCCACCAACAAGGUGAUGUACGUUACCAUUUGAAUUCUGAACAGCGAGAAACUACAACAACUAGUAGCAACAUAACAGAUCAAAGUGGUUGUGAACAACGCCUUAGUCAGUCCACGAGAAACAGUCCUGUGAAAAAGGUCAAGAUGAAACUUAAGCGUAAUCACAGCUCUCCGGUCCUUGAAACUACAAAGUGUUUAAAACUCCGCUCAAAUAACGAAACAAAUAAUGAUAGUGUUAUAACAGUCUGACGCGGGGGUACAUCAUUGAAAUAUACAGUUUUAAAACCAUUUCUUAUGUCAGUGUUCAUUGUGACAUAAUUACAAUGACACUGCCAUGCCCAUUCGUAAGUGCCAAGGUCAAGUAAAGAAACAUCUUUUUUGUAACCGAUGUAUAAUUAAACAUAAGACAUGUUCCAUUUUAUUUCAGAUGUCCAAUUAAUUUGUUUAUCACAUAAAUGUAUAUUUUUAUUAGUUUAUUUCUAUACAGUUUACACUUGAAAUGAAUAUGAUUUUGUCUGUUAUUUUCACUUUUGUUUUUAAUAAAAUUCAGCAAAUAUUUAAAAGAAA